UGCAUGGCCAACGGACUAGAAAAACUUUGCAAACAUUUCAAAGAUUCAUUUGUAGGUAAACAUUCCAGGCUAAGGGUAGCUUCGCAACAAAACGGGAAGUCAGCUGUGCUGAACAAUAGAAAAUAGUGUUAGUUGAAAAAUAUUUAUUAAAAACAUUAGGUGACUUAACUAAUGAAGAGAUUGUAAUAAUGCAAUCAUCGAUUGUGUAAUAAAGAGUCAUACCAACUAACAACUGCAAUGUUAAUGUGAAUGCUUUUCCUGCGACGCAGGCGCAGAGCGACAAUUACACUAACAUCUUCCAUUACUACGGCGAGCAACCGAUUUCUGCAAGUCAUCAUAUGCCCAUCAUCACUAUGUCUGUAGAAGACAGAGUAAAUCUAACCGCUAUCACGUGGGCGCAUGCGGUAAACAGCCAGAAAGAACUUUACGAGGCGCUCGAGAGCGACAUCAAUAUGAUUGAGGCUGAUAUUGUGCUUGGCAGACUGAACAACACUGGCGAUGAAUUGCCGGUGAUGGCUCAUCCACCAGCGAAUUCCUCGGACUUGUCAUUAUUGGAAUUCCUGUUGCGCAUUUUGGAGCAUAAUGAAGAGCACGUCGAUGAUGCGAAGGGCGUGAAAUUGGAUUUUAAGUCAAUUGAAGUAUUCGAAGGCUCGUUGGAUAUUUUAAGUCAAUUGAUACCAUUGAUGUCCCAUCCUGUUUGGCUAAAUGCUGAUAUCAUUAGCGGACCCGUUAAUCAAUCUAAUACGGUGCCAGUUGAUCCAGAGCGUUUCUUCGCCGGCGCCGCAAAAUUCGAAACUGCCGUACUCUCGAUCGGCUGGACAACACUUUGGGGCGCCAAUUACACAGAGGGCUACUAUACAGAGCGUGAGAUCGAUGAGAUGUUGGUGGCCAUCAAAAACAACAACGUCACCACUAAACAGCAUCCAAUUACAUUCCCGGUGCGCGCCGGCAUCGCCGCCAACAGUUUGGACCAACUGCAUGGCCUAGUGGCUGCUGUUAAUGAGACGAAUGAAAGUUCCAUCACUAUUUGGUCUUCGGCGAAUGAUUUUGUUGAUGUACAGAAAUUACGUAAACUAAUUUUCUCAUUUGGUUUUGAUCGCGUCUACUUGGAUGUACCCGAUGAUUUGGCCGACCAGUUGGACUUAGGACGUGCAGACACAGACAAAGCCUCUGCCAGGCUACCUUCUUUGCUCAGUUUUAGCAUGGUCAGCGCCUGUUUGGUUUUGGCCAGCAUGUGGAUUAAUCGUGUUAGACUAUAAUUUUGUUUCAAUAUUAAAAUAAUUUAUAAUACAUACAUACAUACUUAACUGUUGAUAACUUUCGUGAAGAGAGCAAAUACAUACGUAUGGCAAUGAGAAAUGUGAAAGUAAAAGGUGCAAUCCCGUAUUCCUCGGACUCGGACUAGUAAAACUGUCAAAAAAUAAAAAUUCGCUCAGAGCGAGAGAGUAACAGUGAAAAGUACGGGAUCGCUUUCUAGUAAAAAAUGGUAACUUCUGUCAACUUCAACAUAACCUCCAAAUUUUGGUUGUAAAUUUUUGUUUAUUUUGUAUGUAAACACACUUAGCUCACACAUGUAAAUAACCAAAAAUACUUUCAAAUUCAUUAGAAUCCACUUAAACAAGUAAUUAAUUACUUUUCAACAUGAAUUAGCAGAGUGCACUUUUCUUUUGUUUACAAUUUGGUUUCCAAACACACUACAGCUGAUCGUUUGACACAUUUACCAGAAUUUACCAGCAAAAAAUUCUCGGACUAAAACUGGUAACUUCUGACAGAGAGAGGACCGUAUUUACUCUCUUUUUUUGUCCUUUCAAUAGUCAGAGAACUGAGUACGGGAUCGAUUUCCAGUAAAUUCUGACUGAUUCUGACUAGUCCGGACUCGUACGGGAUCGCAACUAAAGUAUCUAGAUUUUGAUAUUAACGAAUUGUAGCGAAUUUAGUAAAAAUCUGUUUCG